AUGCAGGGCAUUGCAAAUCCACUCCUAGUAAUUCACAGAGGCUGCUUUGAUGCUGCUUCAAAGAGGCAGAGCCUGCCGUAUUUAAGAGCUCUGAGGAUGCUGCAGCUUAAUAGUUUCAAUACAUUUUUAGCAGAAGCAGAUAGUCCAGAAUAUCUUAUAACAGGAGGAAAAGUAGCCAAGGAGGCCAGUCUGCAUUGCCCAGUAUGGACACUUGUUCAUGCCGGCAGAUGCCCACGGUGGAUGCCCUGGAGAUACAAACUGGUAUUGAGAGGUUCUCUGCCCAUCCAUUAGCAGAACUUGUGUGAAGCUCUGACCACAUCCUAUGGGAAGUGCAUAAUGGUGACAAAUGAUAAAAUGCAGCCAAUGUGUGCAGGGACAAAAGAAGGGAAGGAGAUGGAGAGGGGAGCCCUGCUGCCAGUCCCACCGGCAAUCCACAUGUACAGUAUUAAGUGUUGCCCGGUUACUAGAGCCAAUGGCCGUGAUCUUAUUCUUGUGCCUUCAUCUUACACCAUCAUCUAUCCUACGGACACCACCUGGGCUUCUUUGAAAUGGUUUAUUACAGACAACAGCAAGAACUUUGCCCUGAGGUCUGUAGAGAGGACCCACUCCUGUAAGUGUACUCUCUUCAGUGACUUGAUUGUUAAAGGAAUAGAGAAGAUGACUCCAAACAUAUGGAAGGUAGUGACCAUGAAGAAAUGGGAGAGCUUCUACCUUGACACAUUUUCUUAA